AUGGAUCCCCGUUCAUUUCAAUGGGUUUCACCGUAUGCCCAUUCUUCUGAGUUAUUACGUGAGCAUCAGCGGCCGACUGUUCUUCAGCAUACGCAAUUUGAUCACUUCGAGUCAGCGUCCAGUUCCAACUUCUUUUCUCCAUUUAGUAUCACAUCAAGUUUUCCGUUUCAAGAACUUGAUUAUCGUCUUCACGAUGGACCAGCCAUGAUUCAUCCACCAAGCAUGGCUGAGCCUACGGUAGCUGAGCCAGCACCAAUGGAAACAGCCGAUUUGCAGAAGGAUAUCCCAGAGCUCAAACCAUUUUUGCAAUCAAGAAGUGUUGCUGAACACGAAUUUACAUUGUUUAAUCCUUCUGUGUUCCAAUAUCCUGUACCAAGUGCGGAUCCGCAGUUUUCAACAAAGAAAGACUUGAAGGAGGAUUACAGCGGAUAUUUGACGCAAGCCACACAAAACUAUUCUACAAAUCCCCCCUCAGCUCAGAUGAUACGAACGUUCGCUUUUGCAAAACAAAAUGACAACCUUUCGAAUACCACGCAAGAUUGUCAGGUUUGUCAUUCUACGCACGCGAAUGGUCUUCACUUUGGAGCUCGCACAUGCGCUGCUUGCGCUGCUUUUUUUCGCCGAACAAUCAGCGAUGGCAAGAAGCAGGUUGGCAUAAUUGAACUAAACGUUGAGUUCCUGCUUCUGAUAGUCAUCGCUUCAUAUGCAUUUGUUGUUCUGCGUAAAGAAACAGCUGAUUAA